GUAUCCAGAGAUAAAGUCCUUGAUGAAACCUGAUCCCAAUUUGAUAUGGAUUAUAAUUAUGAUGUUUCUUACCCAGUUGGCUGCAUUUUACAUAGUAAAAGACUUGGACUGGAAAUGGGUCAUAUUUGGGGCCUAUGUGUUUGGCAGUUGCAUUAACCACUCAAUGACUCUGGCUAUUCAUGAGAUUUCCCACAAUGCUGCCUUUGGCAACUGCAAAGCAAUGUGGAAUCGCUGGUUUGGAAUGUUUGCUAAUCUUCCUAUUGGGAUUCCAUAUUCAAUUUCCUUUAAGAGAUAUCACAUGGAUCAUCACCGGUACCUUGGAGCUGAUGGCGUCGAUGUAGAUAUUCCUACCGAUUUUGAGGGCUGGUUCUUCUGUACCACUUUCAGAAAGUUUAUAUGGGUUAUUCUUCAGCCUCUCUUCUAUGCCUUUCGACCUCUGUUCAUCAACCCCAAACCAAUUACUUAUUUGGAAGUUAUCAAUAUCGUGGCCCAGGUCACAUUUGACAUUUUAAUUUAUUACUUUUUGGGAAUUAAAUCCUUAGUCUACAUGUUGGCAGCAUCUUUACUUGGCCUGGGUUUGCACCCGAUUUCUGGACAUUUUAUAGCUGAGCAUUACAUGUUCUUAAAGGGUCACGAAACUUACUCAUAUUAUGGGCCUCUGAAUUUAUUUACCUUCAAUGUAGGUUAUCAUAAUGAACAUCAUGACUUCCCCAACAUUCCUGGAAAAAGCCUUCCACUGGUGAGGAAAAUAGCUGCUGAAUACUAUGACAACCUCCCCCACUACAAUUCCUGGAUAAAAGUACUGUAUGAUUUUGUGAUGGAUGAUACAAUAAGUCCCUACUCAAGAAUGAAGAGGCACCAAAAAGGAGAGAUGGUGCUGGAGUAGAUAUCAUUAGUGCCAAAGGGAUUCCUCUCCAAAACUUUAGAUGAUAAAGUGGAAGUUUUGCAUUAUUAAACUUGAGACCAGGGAUACUUAGAAGCUCCCCUGGCACAAUUUCAGAGUAAGAGGUCAGUGAUAUCAAGAAGUAAAUCUGGCUUUUCAACAGUCAGCCUGACUCUGUACUGCUCGGCUUCACUCACAGAAAACUUGUGACUUGUGUGUUAUCGUCAUUGAGAAUGUUUCACUCAUGUCUGUCAUUUUAUAAGCAUAUCAUUUUAAAAGCUUUU